AUGAUCAUUCCGAAUGGUUUCUUCGGCGCCCAGCCGCUUAGGCCGGAAAAUGAAAUAAGAGUAGAAAAGUUUUUUGAAAGCUGUGGAUUCAAGACCGUUCUGAGCGGUGCAGUUGGAUUUGGUCUCGGUAUUGCCGUCGGCCUCUUCACCGCCAGUGUCGGCCCAGAACUGGCUCCGGUGAACAAUCAAACGCAAACAGUGAAAGAAGUGCUACGGGAAAUGAAGGGCAAGAGUAUGUCUUAUGCCAAGAACUUUGCCAUGCUCGGUGCCAUGUUCUCUGCGACUGAAUGUGCAAUUGAAUCGUAUCGGGGGACACAUGACUGGAAGAAUGGAACACUUGCCGGCGGUGUGGUUGGCGGUGCCAUUGGUCUCAGAGCCGGAAUCAAAGGCGGCGUCCUCGGAGCCGCCGGCUUUGCGGCAUUCUCAACCGUCAUCGAGUACUACUUUAAUUAG